AUGCAACUACACAUCAGCCCGUGGUCGCCCCGUCUCACGGUCGCCCAGAAGCGGUCGCGGCGGGACCGGCGCACGUUCCUCGACGCCCUCGAGUUCGCGUCCGUGCUCGACUUCCUCGACGGGCGGAGCCUCUUCUUCUACGGCUGCACGCAGCGGUCGGCCUGCAGCGUGUCCGAGGCCUUCUGCCGGGCCGUCGUCCAGCGGCGGGGCUGGAUCUGCGGCGUGGGCCAGAGCGCGCGGCAGCGCCUGUCGCGCGGCGGCGUCUUCAUCGACGGCAUCACGGCGUACCACGACGCGUCGCAGCAGCCCUUCAACUACCGGUCCUGGUUCGACCGGUGCACGACGCACAGCACGCUGCGCAUCGACGAGCACAACCGGUGCGACGAGUUCCGGUCCAUCGUCGCCGUCGGCUGCGCGGAGCCCGCGCUCGCGUCGGGCGACGCGCCGCCGCUCGCGUUCGAGGCUGUGUUCGAGGUCCGCGCGGCCGCGCUCGAGGGCUACGAGCUCCACGUCGGCGUCGCGACGGGCGACUACGACUCCAUGAGCCACCCGUCCGUGUCCGAGCACUGCUGGCUCCUGGACUUAAGGGAGGGCGCGUUCGUGCACCGCGGCGCGUUCCGCCGCGACGACAUGUGGUCGUCGUCGACGGACGAGAGCUUCCGGACGGGCGACACGGUGGGUUUGGCGUUGGCGCGGGACGGGUCCUGCGCCUUCUAUAGGAACGGCCGGAGGCUCGCGAGCCGCGCGGGAAACGGCGGCUGGGGGCCGCGGCUCCCCGCGGCGGCGACGGCCGUGCCGACGAUCUCCAUCGCGCGGUCGCCGGAGACGCGGCCCGCGGCGCUCGCGGCGGAGAACGGCCUGCGCACGUCCGUCGCCGCGCCGGCGGGCGCGGCGCGGCUGCGCCUCGAGAUCUCGGCCUGGCGGCCGCCGUCGGGCGACCGGUCCGCGCGCGUCGGGGCGCUCUGCGGCGCCGUCGUCUUCCUCCUCUACUUCGAGCGCGUGCUCCGCGUGGCGACGCGCACGGCCUGGGUGCCCCUGGAGCUGUCGGCCUUUGGGGACGGCCUGCUCUACUCCGUGGCCUGGAGCGCGGCGUGGCAGGACCACUGCCUCAAGCACACGGACGGCGUGCUCCGGCGGAGCAGAAGAGGGCUGCGGACGUGCGUGCGGCUCCACUGCGGCAAGUGCGUCGCCGUCGCCCUGGGCUGCGCGUUGGUGGCGUCGGCGGCGACGCGGCCCUUCGCCGGGGAUCUGACGGUGGCGGGGUUCCUGGACCAGCGGACGGCGCUCGCGUACGUCGCCGCGGGCGCGGGCGCGGUCGCGGUCGCGCACUUUUUCGCCAUCGCGGCGCGCGUCGGCGACGGCCGCGCGCGGAGCGUCAAUUUGGGCGUCGUGCUCAUCUUCGCCUCCUUCUUCCUCCACAACUGGUGCGCGCACGACGGCUGGGUGUUGGCGUUCCUCGCGCCCGCGCCGCGGGGCGGCGGCGGCGGCGCGUGCGCGGACUACCUCGGCGACGACGGCCUGUCCCAGGCCAUGCACAUGGCCGAGCUCUUCCAGUCGCUGGGCGCGCGGACCUUCGAGAGCCGGGACCGGCGCGACGCGAGCCGCGCGGACGCGCUGGCCUACCCGCUCUGGGCCGUCUGGCUCGCGCUCGAGGUCGUCUGGGACGUCGAGGUCUUCCGCCACGUCGUCAUCGACGACCGGACCGUGCUCUGGCGCGCGGCUUUGCCGGUUGGGCGGCCCGCGGCGCUGCCCCUCGCGCCGCCGGCGGGGCCCGCGGCCGGCGACGACCGCGCCGCCGCGCGCGCGCGCGACGUCGAGAGCCAGCGCAUGUUCGCCGCGUCCGUGCUCCUGCCGCUGACCAUCCUGCACUGCUUCCACCUCGACGUCGCGCGCGUCGCGAGCGGCGACGGCGGCUGGCGCGCCGCGGCGCUCCCGGAUUUCGGGGGCGGCGGCGCGCGCGACGCGGGCGGCGACGCCGCGCGGUGCCUGGGGCUCGCGGCCUACGCCGUCGUCCUCGGCUUCGCCUUCGCCUGGGCCGUCUACCAGUGGCACGUCGUGCUCGGGCUGCUGAAGCGGUUCCGGGACCUGCUCCGCGUCUCGCUCGACGACGACACGGCCGCGGACGCGCUCGCGCCCGACGCGGCCUACCCCUACGCCUGCCACUACUACCCCUUCGCCCAGGGCUCCCGGGCGGACCGGGCCUUCGUCCUCCUCACCUACGCCUACGUCGUCGCCUGGCUCUACGGCGGCUGGUGGCUCGGCUUCGCGCGGCCCCACCGCGCGGCCUGGCUCGGCCGGGCCCACACGUGGCCCUUCCACUGCGACCACGCGGGGCUGGAUCUCGCGUGCCUGGGGUCCUAG